AUAAAGAGCUUAUCGAGCAACGUGGGUGAGAUUACAUUGGGAGGGAGAACCAAAAAUAACAACAAAUUAUGUAGUUGUAGAACGGAUUUGCUCAUUGCGGACGAGGAGAGUCGUCGAGUAUAAAUCUAAUUUAAGAGCUGUACAGAGCCCACCAAUUCCGCCUCCUCUUGCCAAGUGGACCGAGGUGCUGCGAGGUCAACAGUUACGUUUUUAGAAGAGAAGACGAAGACGGUUUCCUUCUUGUUUUGAAUUUCGUCCGGAAACGCGACUUUGCGUGCGUCGAUGCCGGCUGAUUCGUCCACGUGAGAGACCAGUACGCAUCUAGAAGGCUUGUUUAUUUUGGUUACUGCGUCGCAAUUGAAUAGAUCACAUCAAAAAAAAUAUAUAAAGAAACAUUAUCAACUUCAAAUUAUCAUGGAUAGUUUAAAGGAUCUCGACUUGACUAGAGACGAGGUGGAUCGUUUAACAUCCGCACUGAAGGAUAAAGAGUUUAGGAAACUCUUCGCUGAAUAUGUGGAUGAACUGCACGAUCCAGAGAACAAGAGAAUAUUCCAGAAAGAGGUAGUCGAAUUGGAAAAGGAAAGAGGCAUGGAUUGUACGUUCUUGAACCCGGAGCCGGGAUACGUGAUCAAGACGAGUGUCGACGGUUCAAAAAAGGCGUUCAUCAAUGUUUGCUCGAAUGAGAACAUCGAGAAACCGACAUCGACACCGAGCUAUGAAGGAGGAACAAAAGGUCUCAGCUGGGCCAUCCCUCAUUCCUUGACACCACCCAGGGACGACAUCGAUAACAAGCGGGUGAGAUGUCGAGUCUUUGACGUUAUAUUCCAUCCAGACACCUUCCGGAUAGCCAAGAACAAUAAGGCUUUCUGGACUAUGGUGAAUAACACAGCCUGUGAUUCAGUCGAAAGCAAUUUUGGGGUGGCACUUGACAGGAAGAAUCUGAAAUUCCCCAAGCUGCAGUACAAAGGUGCUGCCUCUUCAUCAGUAAUCAGAAAACCAUCCGAACACAAACCAUCCGAGAAGUCUCCUGAAGAGCAGGAGGUGCUUGAUAAAAUAUUCAACCAGAUACCCAAGCAGGAGCCUCAUAAAAAGCCUCCUUGUAAACCUAAAACUGAAACAAACAAAACCAAGUAUACAACUCCAAAAUACAUAAUCAAGCACAGGAGCCACAUAGAUCUUGAGAACUAUACAUUUGAAAGAGACUCCAAGAUGAACAUGGCAACACCCAAGGAGCUUAUUGUGGAAAUCAAUUUGCCCAUGCUGAAAGCAGCAACGGACAUGGAUCUUGAUGUAGCAGAAAAAUCAGUACAAUUAGUAAGUGAAAAACCAGCAAAGUACAAACUCUCAAUUACCCUCCCUUACAAGGUCAAUCAUGAUAAUGGCAAUGCCAAAUUUGAUAAAGAUUCCAAAAUUUUAACCAUCAUUUUACCUGUUAUACAAACAACAAACAAACUCGAUUUUACAAUUGAAGACAGUUGCGUGGAGAGCGAUAAAGUUUACUCGCUUCCAUCCAGUCCACCCAACGAAAAUUCUCGCAAAAUUGAAGAAUUACCCAACGUCUUUUUGAAUCCUCAAAUCCACUAUAGUUUACCCGAAUUCACCUGCCAUCAGUUGGAAAAUAAGCUAUACUUCACUUUGCACGUGAAGAACGUUAACGAGAACUCGAUAGAGAAGAUCUGCAAUCCUUGCGAUGUGCAUUUAAAAUUAACUUCAAUAAGUUCCGGGUAUUAUCCUGUCCAUUACGCGUUCUACGUUAAACUCCAGUCUACUUUGGAUACCGAAGAAGUGAUCGUCGAAGUGUGGGAUAACAAUGUCGUCCUGCAGUUGUGCCUCGACGAUGCGAUGAACGUGUCUACGUAUUUGGUGGGUUUGGAUAAAUCCGAUUUGUACAUGAAGAACGUCGAUAAACAGAUCGAACCUUUGAUGGAAGAAGAUGAUUUGGAUACAACUCUUACAGAGAAUACAAUGGAGGAAGUUGAAAGCAAAAUUGAAGAUUUAACUGUUAAAGAGACAACGCAAAAAGCCAAUAAAGUUGUUGAUGUUGUUCCUUUGAGAGAAGAACCUAGUAAAGCUAUUGAUAUAGUUCGAUUGCAUGGCGAAUCAAGCGGGGAUGAUACGAGCUGCAGCAGUUACAGCCCGAAGUCCAAGGGUAUUUUGAAGAGGCGAACGUCAUCCUAUAGAAGUUCUGUUAGUCGAAGCAUAUCCGAAUCUAGUAUAGACGAUGCAAUUUGGGCGUCAUCUUACGAGAAUUGCUACAAUAGUAUGGAAUCGGUGAUUGCUGAAGAUACGGAUGUUUCGAGCAGUUUGAAGAAGACUGUUACGUUCAACGAUCACGUCAAAAGGCAAUUGUAUAGGAGCAACUCCAGCAUCUUGGGGCAGAAGAGGAAGAACCAGAAGAAAGCGAAGAGCAAAAAGAGGGCUCAGGAGAGGAGACACAGCGAAAGCGAGGUCGUGGGUGAAUCGAAUACCAUUUGCGAGGAGGAUCCUAGCAAAAGGGACGAUGCUCAUAUAUUCGAAUGUGAUUUGUGAUUGCCUUGAAAAGAAGGCGGUCGUCGUUAUUUUUUAAGGUACAAAAAUUGAUUUUUGGGGUUUAAUUAGUUCUCAUUUUAGUAAUUAUUCUUUACAUUGAUCUACUUAUUGAAUAGCGCUUGUGAUAAUUUGAAACCGGUGAUUUUACAAUUUUACGCACUCCCAAAAAUGAUUGUUAACGUAGCAAAACAAUAUUAAAUAUAUUAAUUGAUUAA